GAGCAGCUGUACUGUUUAGACAUUAUUUUUAUCAAAUAAUAUUUGCCACUUUCUCUGGAGGGUAAUAGUUUUUGUGGGUGAAGCUGUUUUGGCCUUAACUGCUGCGUCAAUUCAAUCUUUGCUCCACGUAAAAGUGAGGAUUUGAUACUUCAUUCCCUUCUGUAAUUUCAAUUCUUAAUUAAAACCUACAACUGAACAAAAACCUCUAAUCUCUCCAUCAUUCCCCGAGUCAUGAGCGAUCUCGACCGAGUCAGAAAGGACGAUCCUUUCCUCCUUCAGUAUCAGCCUUCCGAUCUCCGAAUUGCAUCAGAGUUCCUUACCACGUGGCUCCCUUUUCUCUCCAGAGAUCUCUGCCAUCACUGCACUAGAACUCUCUCCCAUCGCAUUCGCUCUCUCGACUCUGAACUUCAUUCCGAUGCGGAACCUUCAACUUCAACUAAAACUAUAACACCUGCCAACUCGAACAAUGUGGAUUCGCAUGAGAAUUAUUGUGAUUGUGAUGAUAAUUGCGAAAAUAAUUCAACAGAAAGUAAUAAAGAUGGUGAUGGGGAUGACACGAAUUCUUUAGGUAGUUGGAAAGAUGGAUCUAAUGGGUGGUCUGAACCUGUUUCAGAACCUCCUUCAAGUGGAAUACUUGGUGCACCGCCUUCCAUUCAGGUUCCAACCCAUCGAAUUUCUUGGGCUGACAUGGCUCAGGAAGAUGAAUUUGAGGAGGAGGAGGAGGAGGAUGAGGACCGAAGGGAGUUGGAUAAACGGAUGGUAACUUUAAGUGCUUCGACAGGGAAGAUGAAGAUAUCAACUGUUGAGAAGCCUAAGCUGUCAAGGGAGCAGAGAGAGUCUAUCCGGUUCAAGAGUGUGAAGAGGAAGAAGGAUUUUAUAUGUUUGGAGAGGGUUAAAGGGAAGUUUGUUAAUAUUCUUGAGGGACUUGAACUCCACACUUGUGUUUUCAGCGCUGUAGAGCAGAACAGGAUAGUUAACUAUGUUCAUGAACUCGAGGAGAUGGGGAAAAGAGGAGAGCUUAAAGAGAGGACAUAUACAGCUCCACAAAAGUGGAUGAGAGGUAAAGGGCGUGUUACUAUCCAAUUCGGUUGUUGUUACAACUAUGCAACAGACAAAAAUGGUAACCCACCUGGUAUCCUCCAGAGUGAAACUGUAGAUCCUAUACCUCACCUCUUCAAAGUGAUCAUUAGAAGGCUGAUCAAAUGGCAUGUUCUCCCUCCGACCUGUGUACCUGACAGUUGCAUUGUUAACAUUUAUGAUGAAGGGGACUGUAUACCUCCUCAUAUUGACAAUCAUGAUUUUAAUCGACCUUUCUGCACAGUGUCCUUUGUUAGCGAGUGUAAUAUAGUAUUUGGAUCUAACUUAAAGGUUUUGGGCCCUGGUGAGUUUUCUGGAUCAAUUGCAAUCCCUCUGCCUGUGGGAUCUGUUCUUGUCCUAGAUGGGAAUGCAGCUGAUGUGUCUAAGCACUGUGUGCCGUCAGUUCCUACAAAGAGGAUAUCCAUUACAUUUAGAAAAAUGGAUGAAGCAAAACGACCUGCUGGCUUUGUUCCAGAACCUGAUUUACAGGGGAUUGAACCAUUAGUAGAUGACUUGGACAAAACAAAGAGGUUAAAUUCUCCCAGGUCUGAGCCUCAUAGGAGAAGGCAGCCAACUGGAAGGGAGAGUAGGAUGGAACCGAGAGGAUUUGGAGUGAGUGGUUCCCAAUCAGAACCACGCCACAUGACUUCAAAUAGGCGAGGAUAUGGAAAUAAGUGGAGGGCCAGAGUCUGAAAGAGCUGAAGGAAAUGGCAUGUCAGGGUUUAUUAUUCAAAUGCAUGCAAGUGUUUGGCAUCUUUUAGCUGAAUUCUUGCUUGACCAAAAUCUGCAAGUAUUUUCUGCCUGCAAUGGAGGGCAAUAUUGAAGAAUCUGCAAUUAUAAUUAAAGUGUUGGAAUGACAGGCUUCAGUUUUGUGCAGCUGGAACAUUGUUAAGUUCUGGUUCGUUUAUACUUGACGCAUGAUUGAAUGACUAGUCACUACUGGUUUUGGUAAUAGCAUAAUUGGAUCUGAUCUGUUAGUUUGGAACUCUGCCUGGCACCCCAUUGUUGGAGUCACCUUUUUGAUGCUUGCUUGCUUGUAUGCGAUGGAUUUGGUUUAUUGAGAUGCCGCUCAAUUAAUUGAUUGUGCAAAUGUAUCAUCACUGCAGCAUAAGGCUGGACUCUGAUUUUAUUUUUCACUUUUAUAUACAUAAUACAUAUAAUAUAAUUUUAGA